AUGGCUCGUACAAAGCAAACCGCGCGUAAGUCGACCGGAGGAAAGGCUCCAAGAGCGCAGCUGGCGAGCAAGGCUGCUCGCAAAGCAGAGAACAGAUUACGUAAAAACGAUUUAAAUCAACAUUCAUUUCAUAAAGAAUAUCCAUCUUAUCUACAACCGAAAACUAUGACAAGAGAAUUUUCAAAAUCGAAAAUAUGGACGACUCCGGAAAAUGGCGGCUGGGUGGAUAGUAUGCAAGUGGAACACUUUGAUCCAUAUACACCGGGACAGCUCACCAAAAACUUCACGGCUACUCUUAUCCAUGACUAUGUUUAUUUUAAGGCUAUUAAAUAUGAAAAUAGAAAACGCGCUCCAUUCCAGGUAGCCGAUGAGAUUAGUGUGACACGUGGCACGACAGUAAAAGCGCUCUACCGAGACGAUCAAUGGAUUUAUGUGCAAGUUUCGGAUGGAAGGAAAGGAUUCGUUCCACAGACAUACUGUAAAUUGUUGCUGAAUGCGCGAAAUUCGAAGAAAGAAGUUGUGGACAAGAAGAAAGUUGGAACUGCUGGAACAACAUUGGAUCGAAAAUGGGAGAAGUCGAACUUGCAGCGUUUCAUCGACAGUUUGCCAGUACAAAAAGAAGAGGGGGAGGUUUUCAAAAUGGACGAAAUCUGUGAAGCUCAAAUUCUGUCGAGCUUCGAUGCGUCCGCUCCAGAUGACAUCACCGUCAAAGAAGGGGAAAUUGUCACAAUUCUGAAUUUCUCAGAUCCCGAAUGGAUUUAUAUUCGAAAUUCUGAGAACCAAUCGGGAUUUGUGCCGGUGGCAAAUUUGAAAAUUCCAGAUGAGCAUCGCGAAAUUCAGAAUCGUGUGCCAAAGGAGAAGUGGGAAAACGAAAAUCUCCUCGUGGUCGAACCAUUCGCCGGUCGAUCACCUCUCGACCUGACCGUCCGUCCGGGUGAAUGGAUUCGUUGCACCGGCAAGCCAGUCGACGAUUGGCUAUGGGCGGUCCGGAUAGCCGAUGAGAAGCAGGGAUUCAUACCGAACAAAGUCGUCAUUCUAGCCACCGAUCUUUAA